AUGGCCGACACCACCACCCACGACACCGUGGGCGCGUCCACCCUCGCCACGCCGCUCUUCAUGCCCUCUUCGCCCCCCGCGCGAGUCCCUGAGGACACGCAAUCCUCCAGCCCUGCUUCCGACCGUGUCGCUACGAACCCCCACGACGACAAGCCGCUGCCCGAGUCGACCACGCCCCGAUCAUCGCGCGCUUCCUCCCCCGCUCGCCCAGCCAACACGCUCGACGCGCGUCUAGCCGAAUACACCGUCGACUUUAGUCAGUUUCCCAGUGGACAUGCGGAACUGGACGACGAACCUCUCCCGGAUCUGAAAUUGCCGCACGAAGACCGCUUGUCGGAUGUUGGCGGACCGGAAGAUUUUACGGCAAAUCUGGAGAAAUACCUCAUGGGAGAUGACGACACGUUUGAGCACAAAGACUUUGACGAGGAGGAGCGACACGAAGAGCUGCACGAGAGUGACGACGAACUGCAGGAGCUGCGGCAGGAGCAGGAGCAGGAGGAAGCGCAAGAGCGAGAGCGGGAGCGGGAGGAAGAACAGAAACAGCAGGAGCAGCAGCAGGAUUCCAGCAUGCAUCGGCCUGGCGCGGAAGAUGAAGCCGAGCUGGGCGAGUAUAGCGAAUUCGGCCCGCCUGUCGACAUGUCGACGCCCUCACAUCUCCUGCGCAGACCCAGUGGCCUAGCAAAGGAUGUGACGCAUCUCGAGAACAUCGAGGAGGACCCGGACGACGAGUCCGAUACGGCGGUUACGCCAUCCGUGCGGAAGCAUAAGACUACGCCGGGUCAGGAUCACGAUGCGGAGAACGAGAAGCUGCGCCGACAGAUUGCCAACCUCCAAGAGACGGUCCGGGAAAGAGAUGAGGAACUGGAGAGGAACUACCACCGCAACUCGGAGGCAGAGUCGGCUGCUGAUCAAGUCAUCAAGCAUCUGCAGUCCGAAUUGAAAAGCAAAACGGAUCAACUGAACGAGCUGCAGUCAUUACGCGGAGAUGGAUUAUUCUUGCGGGAGCAGGUCCAGUUACUUCAGAAACAGAAUGAGGAGAAAGAAGCCCUACUGCAGAAUGCUUCCGUGAAUGACUCUGGUCUCAGUGCUUUACAAAAGCAGAUUGGGGAUAUGCAAAAGGAGUUGCAGAAUCGAAGCCCACACACCGAUCUGGACGCCGAGAGACUCGAAAAUAUCGCUCAUCUGCGUCAGCAGUUGAAUCUAGCUCAGGAGCAACUGAAGAAGCGGGAUGCGACCCUGGAUGAAACGAUGGCGAAGCUGAAAGAGGUCACUUCUGCCAAGGAACAGCAGCUGUCCGAGAAGAAUGCGGAAAUCGAUGGAUUGAAAGACCAGAUUAACGACCAUGUUUCGGAAAUUGAAAAGCUAGAAGCUGAGAUUGACCGAGCCAACCGGGAAUAUCAAGUGCUCGAGGAGCGGAUUGCGUCUCUUGAGACCAAGAACCGGCCACUGGAGGAGAAGAACAGCACUUUGGAAGCUGACUUGAAUCGUGCCCAGUCGCAGGUUACUGCCCAGGAGAAUGCGCUGAAGGCUAUGGCGGCGGAUCUUCCAUUGGAAAGCGGCGGAAACACGUACACGGAGAUUUUGGAAUUGAUCAAGGAUCUCGGCCAACCCACUACGACUCGCCCUGGUGAUGUUCCUCUAAAGGAGAAGGAGCCUGGAGAACUUGAGAUUGAUCAGCUUCGGGACGAGCUUGCGAAAGUACACGCUGAACUGAAGGAGACAAUAACCGCGAGGCAGACGCUUGAGGCGCAGUUGACCCGAUCCCAAGAGCAAGCAGUUGAAGCACAAGCUCUCAUCAAAUCCAUUGAGAACGAGAACGCCGUACUGGGCAGACGGAACGAAGAACUGAAGUCGAGCCUUGAAAAAGCCCAGAGUGAUCUUCGCGAACUGCGGGAUGAGCAUGCUGAAGCUCUGAACACCGUCGACCGUCUCCAGGAUGAACAGAAGAUGCAGCAGCCUAGCCCACCCCUCUCCCCUCAAACGCCCCGUCAAGACACUCGAUCCCUCGAAGAGUCCCACCAGGCUCAACUGAAGAGUCUCCAAACGGCCCACAGUACUGCCAUCUCCACCCUUCGCGCUUCCCACGCCGAUUCGACCCGCAAACUACGUGAUCUCCUCUCUGCUGCUGAGAAGCGGGAGGCUAAGCUGAAAGCCGAACUGGCAUCCCUCCGCACAUCGCGCUCCACGGAAGAAAAUGAGAUCCAAGCCCUCCGCAAGGAGAUCCGACGGUUGGAGUCGGUGAUUGCGGUCAAAGAUGAGACGGCUGCAGCGAUGGACCAGCGGAUUGCACGGUCGGUGGAGAAACGCGAGAAGGAGUGGGAACGCCGGGUGGAACUUCUGUUGAAAGAACGGGAGCGGAUGAGUCGAGUGUUGAUGUGGACUUGGGGCGAGAAGGAGAUGGGCGAGGACAAGGAGCAUGUCGAUGAGCAGGGGCGCCGGAAGCAGGCCUAUCGCUACAAACACGUGCCAAAGACGGGCACAAAGGCAUAG